AUGGGCACAGUGGAUCUCCAUCACAGCCUUGGAGAACUUCUCCCAUGGAAUGUGUCCUUGUUCGGUUACCUGUCUCCUGGCAAUGACAGUGUCUGGGAGUCCACUCCUUUCUCCAGCAGCGUCCUCUUCUCUGCACAUGAACCAGGGACCAUCAUACUGGUGGUCAUGUACUCUGCCUCCUUCCUAGCUGGCUUAGCAGGUAACAUCAUGGCAUUGAGAGUGCUGGGGACUCGCAGGAGGAGAAGAUGUCGCUUUGCAGCAGUUUCUGGGACCAGGGAUCUUCUUGUGAAUCUAGCAGUAUGUGACAUGAUGGUCAUAUGUAUUUGUAUGCCUAUCAAUCUUGGUCUCCAGGUACACAAUGCUUGGGUGUUUGGAGGCUUCUUGUGCAGAGCAGUGCCCUUUGUCCAGGCUGUGUCAGUGUCUGCUAGCGUCCUCACCUUGGCUGUGAUCAGUCUGAACAGGUACUACAGUGUUCAUAACCCCUUGCAUGCCAGGACGUUCUUCACCACCAGAAGAAUAGGGGUCAUGAUCAUGGUGGUGUGGCUCUUCUCUUCUGGACUUUGUGUUCCUCUGCUGUUCAUGAACAGGACCCAAAACUUGGUCCUUUUCCCCGGAGAACUGGCUGUUGUGGUAUGUACUGAGAGUUGGCCCAGUCUGAACAUGAAACUCAUCUACAACUUUCUUCUUUUUUGUACUUUGUAUGUGUUCCCGGUCUUAUUUAACCUGCUCAUCUGCUUUCUCACAAGUCGUAGACUCUGGGGGUCAGGAGACACAGUCAUUGACAAUAACAGUUGGUCCAUGUCCGGGUCCAGAUUAAAGGCUCGCAAGAAAAUUGCCAAGAUGGUGGUGGCAUUGGUACUCCUCUUUACAUUGUCUUGGCUGCCCCUCUACGUAUUUGACAUCUGGAUCGACAUCAACAUGUCCCAUACGCCCUCUGGAGAGGCACUGGGUCAUCUCCAACAUGACUGGAUCCUUCAGGUGAGACCAUUUGCUCAGUGGCUCGGUCUCACCAAUUCCACCCUUAACCCCUUGUGCUAUUGCUUUGUAGGCAAUUUGUACAGAUCGGCCAAACGGUUCAGGAACAGCUAUAGAGAAAGGAUCAUCUCCAUUUUUAACAUGUCCUUGACCCAAGCCCCAGGAGACCCUUCUGUGCCCAGGUUACUCCAUUACAAAGCUUCCAGAGAGCAGAUGGAGCAGCUGCCCAAAAGAGGCAAAAUCCGGACAACGUUUCGACCUCUCGCUAAGAACGAAAGCUCUUCCUCAGUCAAAAUUUGUGUCCAAAGUCCUGGACUUGGCAAACCAGCCCAUGUCUGA